CUGCGCAUGCGUAGAUGCACAGUCGUAUUCAAAAAUGCCGAUGUGGCUGCUGGGCUUUUAAAUCUUGAGUUUUCCUGGGUGUUCAACAGGUUAAGGACACGUUUGUUAACAUGAACACUUGUAUUGUCCUUCUCUUUGGCGUGUGCGCCUUCGUCUCAGCGCUGGAAGACGAGAGACUGCCGAAUAAGUGCGAAGUGUGUAAGUUCUUGACGGUGGAGCUGCAGGAUGCUCUGGAGAAAACUGGUCGCUCCAAAGAAGUGCUGGAGGUCGGAGAAGUGCUGGACACUGGCAAGAGAAGAAGAAAGAUCAAAUACAACACCUCGGAGACGCGGCUGACUGAGGCUGUGGACAACAUCUGUGAACGUAUCCUGCAGUAUAAUGUCCACGCGGAGAGGCCUGGCAGCCUCCGAUAUGCCAAGGGCACAAGUCAGACCAUGGCGACUCUGAAGAACCUGGUCCACAAAGGAGUGAAGGUGGACCUGGGUAUGCCGAUGGAGCUGUGGGACGAACCCUCUGUGGAGGUGUCAGACAUGAAGAAACAGUGUGAGACGAUGCUGGAGGAGUACGAGGAGGUUGUGGAGGACUGGUACUUCAAUCAUCAGGACCAGAGGCUGGAGAACUUCCUGUGUCAGAACCACGUCCUCGAUGAUUCAGAGCAAGAAUGUAUGGUGGAGGUGUGGAAAGGAGACAUGGGGAACAAAGGAGCAGCCAAGGAGGCAGAAAGCGACAGCACAGAUGGAGAGGAGGGAGCAAAUAAGGAGGCAGGAAAGACUCAUGAUGCCGGAGAGCUUUAAGGACAAACCUCCUCUUUUAAACAGACAAUCAGAAGACGACGGAACAUCCUCGAUUACAGCUUCAGCUGGACGUGACGUACGCUUCACUGGCACUAUAUCGGCUGCCAAAGUUUACAUUGGGAUUUAAAAUGUUUUUUUUUUUUUUUUUUUUAUGAAUGGUGACCUUUUAAAACACUAUAUGGAACACUCUUUUGUCUUUUUAAACCAGUGUGUUGUAUCCUGUGUAAACUGAACAGCUGUUACA